GAUGGAUGGAUGGAUGGAUGGAUGGAAACUACCUAACAUGGAAAAUUGCUGUCAAGCCAGCCCUGCCCCCAGCACCCUGCAGCCGGCUCACCUGACCAGCCAGGUCGGUGCUGACAGGAACAGAAAGCCGGUGCAGGACCCCCGCCCCGCUGCAACCCCCCAGAGCGCCUGCUGCUCACACAGGAAGAGGAAGCGUGAUGACAACAGUGAGCCACCAUACGUCAAGAAGCCACCCAACGCCUUCAUGCUCUUUCUGAAGGAGCAGAGGACGAGUGUGGUGGCUGAGUUUGGCAUCACUGGGAGCGCGGCGGUGAACACCAUCUUGGGGAGAGAUGGAGGUCCUUGUCCACCGAGCAGCAGGCCAGGUUCUUCCAGGAGGCUGAUGCAGCGAGGCACCACCAUGAAGAGCACCAUCCCCAAGUGGUCCAGCAGAGACAACUAUGGCCAGAAGAUGAAGAGGAGGCGACGGAGGAGCACAGCUCCCAGCAGCUCUGGAUGUAACACAAAACCUGUGUGGACCACAGCAUGUGAUGAAAACACAUUGUCAUGUGACCACACUGAGUCAUAUGUGACUGGAUUGGAUCACAGAUUGUUAGAUUGUUGUUCAGAGAGAUCCAAGUCAAAGUGCCGUGGAGGAGAAAUCAGCUGAUUUAGACAUUAAGCUGAAGAUCACAGUCAGGGUUACAGUUAGUCUUUUCCAUCCAGAAGCUGCAUGGGAGGGGGCUGAAACAAGUCUGUAAAGUAGGAGAUAUUACUUUAUACACCAGCAGAGGAAAAUAAUCCAUCAGUGUUUGAUAUUUCUCUCAAUAUUCUAUUUGUCAAAAGAAAAAUUUCUGUUCAUAAAUGAUUGAUUAAUGUAAAAAUGAACAGCAUUAAAGGUAAAUGUGCUCUGUUAAAGCGGAGACAUUUGUCAGACAUUU